CCGUGCACACGUCAGAUCUGCUCCGAGGGUAUAAAAGGAGAUGUGGACUUGAAAAGAAGGAGAGCAAACACUCACUGCCAGGUCUGGUGUUUUAUAGACAGACUUCUUUACUCAGGAAAGUUACAUUCCUCUUCUGAAGAUGUUGAAAUACUUUGUUAUUGUGAUCCUCUGCGUCAAACUGGUGUCAGCCUUGUGCCCGAAGGACUGCCGGUGUCCUGCUGACUCUCCCAGAUGUGCAGCAGGAGUCAUGCUGGGUGGCUGUGGAUGCUGUAAAGUCUGUGCACGUCAGCUAUUUGAAGACUGCAGCAAGUCACAGCCAUGUGACCACACCAAGGGACUGGAGUGCAACUUCGGAGCAGGAUAUGGCUCUGCUAAGGGCAUCUGUCGAGCCAAAUCAGAUGGAAGAACAUGCGAGUACAACAACAAGAUUUACCAGAACGGGGAAAUAUUCCGUCCAAACUGCAAACAUCAGUGCACUUGCAUGGACGGAGCAGUUGGAUGUGUCUCACUCUGCCCUCACCAGCUCACGCUGCCCAAACUGGGCUGUGCCAAGCCCCAGAGGGUGAAGGUUCAGGGUCGGUGCUGUGAACAACUCGCCUGCCACGGGGAGGCAAAGACAGAGAGCGGUUUUGGGAACAAACACAGUAAAAAGCACAGCAAAGACGGACGGUUUGAGGACGACCUUAACAAGAUGAAUGAGCUGGCUCCUGUGUGGAAAGGAGAAUCUAAUUAUUUACCUGGUUUUGAGAGCCUCCCAAUGGGCCACAUGUUAUCCAGAAGAGUCAAAUGUGUGUCUCAGACCUCAACUUGGUCUCCCUGCUCCAAAUCCUGCGGCACUGGAGAGUCCAGCAGGAUGACCAACAACAACUCAGAGUGCCGAGUGGUGAAAGAGACUCGGAUCUGUGAAGUCCGCCCAUGCAACCAAAUGACCUUUACAGGAUCAAAGAAAGACCAGAAGUGUAAUUACAUAGAGAAGGCCAGCCGUCCGGUUAGACUGUCCCACGCAGGCUGCCGUAGUCUGAAGAAGUUCCAGCCGAGGUUCUGUGGGUUCUGCUCAGACGGCCGGUGCUGCAGGCCGGACCGGACCCAGACCAUAUCCGUCCUCUUCAGAUGCAGAAACAAGGAGAUCACCAGCAGGAUGGUGACGAAGAUCGAGUCCUGCAAGUGUGACCUGAACUGCUCCGGCAGCAAAGGAAAGACAUCUAGCUACAAACUGUAUAAUGAUAUCCACAAACUGAACAUGUAAAGGGUUAAGUGUGAAAGAAAAGUGUUGGACAGUAGAAACAUUUGCACUUUGUGGUUGAAGAGGAGACAUUUUUUAUCAGUAUUUUUUCAGAUUUUGCUUCAUGACAAUGGAGCCUUGUGGUUUGCUUCUUUUUUGAAGCCGUUUUGUAAAAUAAAUCUUACUAGUAUUAAAUGUAAAUAAAAUGUUAUUGACUUUUAUUUUAUACACAGACUGUACAUAUUUUACCCAACCUUGACAAGACAUGUUACAACAUUGAAAUGACAUAAAGGCAGCUACUAAAUCAAAGUCAUUACACAUGUCACCAUGUUUCUGUUGAUUUACUGUGCUUGCCCAUUUUAUUUAUAAGGGUUAAUGUUGCAUACAUCUCAUACUGCUUAAUGUAUUGUUAUAUCAUAUCAUGGGAUAUGGUUUGAUUCUAUUUUUUUGGCAUUUUAUACGCUCACUUGCCUAAAGGGUUAAAUAUCGCUGAAGGCUGGAUUAAACUGUACUUUAUGCAGGUUUGACCAAUUAACUAGAAUGUUGUCAAUGCACAUUUUUAUAUUUUUACAAAUAAAAACAUAAAACAC